UUAAAAUUAUGUCAGCAUUUGUUAAAUUAUUAUUAUAGACAUGUGAGUCUGUUGCAUUAUGCCCAUACAUUCAGCAUCUUUUUGAAGGACACUUUGUAUCUCCUCACAUUGGAAAGAAGAGGGAAACAUGAGCCUCUUCAGUAUACCUGAAUCCCUUAGAAUUACAGGGAGGGUGGGUGAGGCUUACAGUCUCUGCCCUCCUGAUACUUUCUACAAGGAGAUUACAUGUUAGGAUUCAUAUCCAGCAGCCAAGUCACCUUAUGUCAAGCUGUAUCUCAAGUGGAAUAAUUGUUGUUUUUCAGAUUCCCUGUUCCCCAAAGUCAGUCCCUGGACAGUGGGACUGUCUGUGUUUGUGCUUUUGCUGGUGUUCACUGUGAUGAUCAUCCCUGUUCUACUCUGGUGGACUAGAAAAGACAGAGACAAACUCAGUGAAGAACUUGGUCAAAGAAAAUUCCUGGGAUUUUGGGGUCUGCUUGAAAUGCAUGAAUUUACAGAAGAUAUAAAACUGGACGAUGCCACUGCUUACCCUUUGCUUGCUGUGUCAGAAGAUGGCAAACUUGUAAAAUGUAUUUCACAAAUGCGAGAUGUUCCUGACAAUCCUGAACGAUUUGAUUCUAUGCGGGCUGUGCUGGGUCAAAACAGCUUCUCUGAUGGUCAGCAUUAUUGGGAAGUUGAUGUAGGAGGGAAGAACUGGUGGAAAAUAGGACUGUGUUUGGAUUCAGUUAAGAGAAAAGGAGUCAUUUUAACUUCUCCUGAGAAUGGUUUCUGGGUUCUUUCCCUGCUAGAUGGUGCAUACCGGGCCCUUUCCAGCCCCCCUAUUUGUCUUAAUGUCCCUACACCACCCUCAAGAGUGGGAAUUUUUUUGUAGUAUGAGAAAGGGUUGAUUUCUUUCUACAAUUUGACAGAUUUAAGUAUUCUCUACACUAUCAAAAGCAACUUCCCUGGGACCCUAAAGCCAUAUUUCAACCCUGGACCUCUUAUUUCAGGAAACCAAUCUGGCCUUUACAUCCCUCACUAGAGCACAGCUGAGGUACAUUCCAUAGGGAUCCUCCUCGUGGACCACAGUACCACAUAGUCAUUUUCCUACAAGGACAUGGGUAGGCUGGGGGUGUCAGGAUGACAAGGAUGUCCACAUCUCCGUUCCAGUACAGUGGGAAAUCAGAAUGCUCCCUCCCACUGGACCAUUGCCCUUACUCCUCCCCACAACCCCUCUUCCCUUUAAAACAUUUUCUUUUAUAACUUUUAGGGUUAAAAAAUGCAAACUCUCCCACCCUUCUUAGAGUUGAUCUUGAGCUUUUGAAAGGAGUUGGCUAAUCUCCUCAACAAAUCACUGUUAUGCAUUUCUCAGCAUGAUUAACCAGAUUAAUAGUAUGUUUCUUUUUUUACCAUUAAUUGGUGAGCUCUUCAAGGCUACAUAUCAAGUGUUAUUUAUUUUCAUCAGUAUUUCUGUGCCAAAAUCAGUGUCAUGAGACCUGGAUGUCAUUAAACUGAGUACCAUUCAAUCCUACCAACAUCAAGACUAACCCAUACCCUCAAAGUAAUUUUCAUACAGUAACUAUAUUGUACCAAGGCACCUCCCAGUUUCUUUCUUUUUUCUUAUUUUUUAUGUUAAAAGAUUUAAUUGACAAAUAAAGAUUAUAUAUAUGCAAGGUGUGGAACAUGAUGAUUACCACAAAAAAUUAAUUAAUUAACAUGCAUCGUGGCCCACACUGCAUACUAGAUCCCCAGAGUGUGUUCACCUUAUAAUUUAAAGUUUGUACUCUUUGACCAAUAUUGCCCCAUCCCACCUUUAGCUUCUGGUAACCACUGCUCCUUCUCUGCUUCUGAGUUCAA